UAAAAUCACGGACUGCCGCAAUUUCAAGCUUAGUGUUUCGCCAAGCGUUGUACGAAACGUACUUCCGACACACCUAAGAAAUAACAAAAAAAACAAAUCGAAGUUGUAAUCGUCGCCGGAUCGAUCGUCUUAUGAAUAGACGGACGAGUGUUGUGAUAAGAGGAAAUAAAGAAAGAAAGAAAAAGUUUUUCUUACAGAUCGUUGCAGGGAGACUCACUGUCAAUUGAGAGGAGGCACAAAAUACCAUAGCAAAAGCGUUACAUGUGCUCCAACAAAAAUAAACAAAACAAAAAGUGAAUCAUCUCGGAAAACAAAACUAAACUGAAUUGGAGACCCAUAAAAAACAACAACAAAAGCAACAGCAAUUAACCAGUGUAGCAGUCAGCAGCGACUGAGAGGCGGGCAGCAGAACAGCGUUCACAUAAAUUCUCCAAAAAAACACAAAGCAUUUUUUGCCAUCGCUGGAAUCGCUGCAUGAAGCGAUCUGCGUUCAUCACCAUGGCAGUGAUCUACAGCUGUUUUAUUGCUUUAGUAUUGGCAACACUGUGUUCGGCCGGUACUGUUCAAAAUCGCGCUAAUAUCCCAGUACAAACAAAUCAAUUACAACCGGGCAGUAAAUCACCAGGAAGGAGAGUAAUGUCGCCUGCUUUCGCCAAUGCUGGUCGUACACCUGGCUUGGAAAUCUGGAGAGUUGAGAAUUUCGAACCUGUGGCAUAUCCCAAAAAUAACUAUGGUAAAUUCUACACUGGUGACUCCUUCAUUGUCUUAAAUACUGUCCAAAACAAAGACAAACAACUCUCUUGGGAUGUGCACUUUUGGUUGGGCUCUGAAACAUCCGUGGAUGAGGCUGGUGCUGCCGCCAUUUUGACCGUGCAACUUGAUGACCUACUUAAUGGUGGACCAGUGCAACAUCGUGAAGUUCAGGAUCAUGAAUCGCAAUUGUUUUUGAGCUAUUUUAAAAACGGUGUGCGCUAUGAACAGGGUGGUGUUGGCAGCGGCUUCAAGCAUGUCGAGACGAAUGCACAAGGCGAGAAGCGCCUCUUCCAAGUAAAGGGUAAACGUAACGUACGUGUGCGUCAAGUUAAUUUGUCCGUGUCGUCGAUGAACAAGGGCGAUUGCUUCAUAUUGGAUGCUGGUAAUGAUAUUUAUGUCUAUGUGGGUGCCCAGGCUAAACGUGUGGAAAAAUUGAAAGCCAUUAGUGCCGCAAAUCAGAUAAGAGAUCAGGAUCAUAAUGGCCGAGCCCGAGUGCAAAUUAUUGAUGAAUAUAGCACUGAUGGUGACAAACAGCAAUUCUUUACUGUUUUGGGAUCCGGGUCCCCUGGACAGGUACCCGAAGAAUCUACGGCCGAGGAGGAUGGUGCUUUCGAGACAGCUGAUGCCAACUCGGUGACCUUGUACAAGGUUAGCGACAGCACUGGCAAACUUAAAAUCGAUCCCAUCGCCCAGAAACCUUUGCGCCAGGAAAUGUUGCAAUCGCAAGACUGCUUUAUCCUGGAUACUGGCUCUGGUAUCUAUGUGUGGGUGGGUCGUGGGGCCACUCAAAAGGAGAAGACAGACUCCAUGGCCAAGGCCCAAGAGUUUUUGCGCACCAAGAAAUAUCCAGCCUGGACCCAAAUCCAUCGUGUGGUCGAAGGUGCUGAGUCGGCUCCUUUCAAGCAAUACUUUGCCACCUGGCGCGAUGUCGGUAUGUCCCACACUCGUUUGGUGCGUUCUGCCUUGGGUUAUGACACCGACGACUCAGAUUUCGAUGUAGAUGAUGUUGACUCUGUGCUCAAGAGUCUCAAGGAGCGUGGUGGCCAUGCUAUUGGCUUCAUGCCCGACAAUGGCCAACAGGAAAUGGAUGAAUUGACCCAGUAUGUGACCAGAACUGGUUCGGGAGAAGUUAAACGUAAUCGCAUUGCGUUUGAGGAGAGAAUGCCCCUGUUGGGCUUUGCCGCCUACCUCAUACCCUACAAAUAUGAAUCUAAGAAUGGUGAGACUGGUACCUUGGUGUAUGUGUGGGAAGGCGCUAGAGCCAGUGAUGAGGCCAAACAUCAAGCCUUCGAAGAUGGCAUGUCCAUGGCUAUGGAGGAGAAUGGCAUUUUGAUACGCUGUGUGCAAAACCAUGAGCCCAGACAUUUCAUUAAGAUGUUCAAGGGUAAAUUGUUGACCAUGAUAAAUGGCAUGCCCACUGGACCCCAGUUAUUCCAUAUACGCGGUGCCGAUGAGGGUAGUGUACAAACCUAUGAGGUCAAGGCUGAUUCUUCCUCCCUGACUUCCACCGAUGUCUUUGCUUUGGUUAGGAAUAAUGGCAACAAGGUUUACAUUUGGAUUGGAUUGGCUGCUUCGGAAUUCGAAAAGGAAGUGGCUAAAGAGCGCUUUGUCCACUAUUGGCCCGAUGCCGAGGCUGAAGUUAUUGAAGAGGGUGCAGAACCAGAAGAAUUCUGGGAUGAUUUGAAUGGUGAAGGUAGCUACGAUCGUAGCCUGGUCGAAAAGGGUGGUAGGCCCAUUUUGGAACCCCGUCUUUUCCAUUGCCGUUUGUUGCGCCAUCGCAUUAAGGUAGAGGAAGUCAAUCAUUUCGAGCAGGCCGAUUUGGAUAUGGAUGAUGUUAUGCUUGUGGAUGCUGGUGAUGAAAUCUAUAUGUGGGUGGGCAGCGGUGCCACCGAAGAUGAGAAUAACAGAAUUUUGGAUAUGGCCAAGAAAUACAUCAGAUCUGAACCCACUGAUCGUACCAUUGACACUGUCAGCGUCAUUCGCAUUGCCCAAGAUCAUGAGCCGCGAGUCUUCAAGCGUUUGUUCCCCAGCUGGGAAGAUGGUUUCUGGCAGGAUGUUCCAUCGUAUGAAGAUGCCCGCAAGCAGGUGCUUGAAGACAAUGACCGUCUCGAUGACAAUGAUGUCUAAAACGGAUGUUAAUGAUGCCAAAGUCCUAACCAAAUUCGUCAUGAAAGGACCAAAAUUACCAUUUCACAAAAUGAACAAUUUAUUUAAACAUACUCGUACUUUACUCCUAUCCUAUUUUCUGCUAAUCUAGGCCAACAUCACCAUCAAAUCUUUUCUUUGCUUUUAUUAAUUUGUUUAAUGUUGUUUUUGACUUUCACACACACACACACACACACUCAAACAAACGAUUCUUAAUUGUUGUUGAUGUUGUGAUUCUCGUUUAUACUCUCAUUCAUAAUUUAACCAAUAUAAACACUUCACAUAUUUUCGAACCACACAUUUUGCAUAACUUAUUUGCAUUAAAAAAAAACUACGCAUAAAAAGCAAAUGCCAAAUCAAAAACAGUAACCAAUCUACGUAUAUUCCAUAUAACAAAAUAUUUUGUUUUAUUAUUUUUAUAUUAUUUUAUUAAGAUUAUAAUAAAAAAAUUAAAAAAAAGUUCGUUUGAAAUUUAA